AUGCCGUUAUUUAAGCAAAGGAAAGUUGGCAAAGAUGAAGCAAAGAAACGUGUAGAACGAUGUCUUGUCGUGGUAAGCAGUACAUUCAUUUUUAAGAUCAACGUUUUUAUCGCGAAGUCAGGUACUACAAAGUCAUUAUUCAGCAUUAUUACCUCGGCUCCAUAAUUUCCUCUUCAGGUGUUCAUGUUUGCCUGUCAGCUUGUUUUGAUCAUUACUGUAAAACAUUUUUUGCUUUGAUGAAGCUCACAGAACCCUACUCUGACACUUAAACUUAAGAAAUUUGCAGAAGGCUUGUGAUAUUUCAAAAGUAAAUAGACUAAGCAGCUAAAUUAUAGGUUACGUUUGUAAAUACGUGAUAAUACAGAGUGUUUACUAUCGAAUCUUUACUGAUAUUUUUUCUUUCGGUUAUCGUAAUAAUCGAGAUUCAGAGGUACCUUUGAAUUUGACGUAUGACUUACAAUUUGUUAAAAUUAGGUAGGUUACCAUUUCAGCUUCUGUAGCUAAACAGGUAAAGUAAGUUAAGAGUGAAACACUUUUUACGCAAGAGUAAAGAUUAAAGCCCAUGACAUGUACAGCUACCCCCCACAAAAUCAAAGAAUGUCGUUAGAAAGUAUGCAUCGCUUACUUCACUUCAUUGUCAGACAGUUUUUAACUGUUUCAAUCGCCCUGUUUCAAAUGCUUAAAAGACAUUGCCUGUUAAUCAUUCUAACUUUGCAUUAUUGGUCAACAAAUGUCAAACUAAGUUUAAUUUAUUGUUUUCCUUUGUUCAACAAGGUAGAACUUGCAAUUAUUGAACAACAUUUUAUAUAGCCUGUAUGUUCUUUUUUUCCUGUUAACUUCAACUUGGUGAAUUCCACUGAACACAACAUAAUCACGGCUCAUGGUCAGUUAAACACUGAGUUGCUAAACAGCAGCUGCAACCAAUUUUUUGAACUGUAUCUCCUUCAAUCUGGUUUCCAUGUAACUAAACUAGAUCCUCUUGAUCGCCCUGAGCCAUCUUAGACAUCUUAAGGUGGCUGAACACAGUUUUGCGGGCAGUCAGCGGUAACUCGCGUGACGGCAAGUGUUUUAAAUUAGACAAACAAACAUGGCGGCGAAAAAAGCAAUGGUACACAGAAGACGAUUUCUCAAAAUCCACUCAUCAAAAUUUUGUGAUAUUUGGCAGAAUUUUGACUUUUAUCGUAUUCUAAAUAAUGAGAACUUUAAAAUGAAAGUUGAACAGACAAAUUUUGUGAUACAUUUAAUAAUUACAAUAGAAUCAUAUUAUUGAUUAUCUGAAAACCCGUCUGUUAAAAUUUGGUCAAAUAAGUUUCAAAUGGUAAUGAUUAAUUAUAGUAAGCUGUGCGCAAGUUUAUAGGAAAAUCUAAUGAGCGAAUUUUAUGUAAAUUGAGUAAAAGUGAAAUUUUAAGGUUGUAUUCAAUCGUUCACGUUGCCAUGGAAACAAUGAAAACGUCACAUUUUACCUGUCGAUCAAAAUCUUUCAUCAGUAUAUUUUUCAUUUGCCAAGUUUCAGCUUGUGAGCUGUAACCAUUCUCUUGCCAUGAUUUGACAAAUGACAUAUACUCACAAACUGCCAAAACUGUGUUCAGCCACCUUAAUGUGUUCAGGCAAUAAAGAUGAUCAUUUCUCAAACUCAUUAAUAAUUCAUUAAGAAAAUACAAAGGAAAUUAAUGUUUAAUGAGUGUUUGGAAAUCGAAUGAAACACUGCUUAGUAUUUGCAUCCUUAAUUUCUCCUUCAAAAAUGAUUUUGUUUGAGAAGAAAUAUCAAACAUUCGACACAGUGUUUCAUCACCAGAUGAAACACCUCGAAGUUCGUCAAAAAUACUCCGCUGCGCGUCGUAUUUUCAACUCUCUUCUCGGUGUUUCAUCUGGUGAUGAAACACUGCAUCUCAUGUUUGAUAUAUUACAUGAAAACAUCUGAUAUAAUUUAAGAUGAUUAGGACAUUCCUGAUUGCCUGGAUAGAAUGGAGGAGACUAUACAUACAGGUGUUUUCUGUACGCAUGUAAUAAUAAAAUUGUUUUGGAUCAUCUCAAUCAUUCCAGUUGACCCCAAAAUUGAGACAGUGAAGACAAUCUAUGCCCUCAAUAUAUCUUGAAUAUAAAGGUUUGGAAGUGGAUUGUUUAUUUUUUUGUUUUAGUUUUAAUUGUCCUUUUAAGAUCAGCGUCAUCUACAUUUUUCUUCCUUGUAAUAUUCAGUGAUGUUCCCUUUGUCAAGGUAUUUAGACUACAAGGAAGUUAUCAGUGUUGGUCAAUCUCAGGUUCUCGUGGCAUUCAUCAUUUUCUGAUGAAUGGGCAGGCUGGUUGGUGAACCUUCUCUGAUCAAUGAGAAUUUUUUUCCUGCUUAUUCAGACGUCAACUUGGGGCUCGUUCUUUAAAAUUGCCAACUAGUUUGCUGCUGCUCAGUCAGCAUUUUUAAGCAACUUUUUUCAAAUUUUAGUUUUUUUUCCUGUUGACCCGUACUCUGUAUCAGUAUUUUGCUUUUAUGGUACACAUUUGUGGACACAGACCAACAAUAUUUAACGGCAUUUUUUGUUAGCACCAAGAUUCAAAUCUGCCCACAUUACUUCUAUAAAAAGGAUGCUUUGAGCACUGCAUUGUACCAUCAAUGUAUUUUGGUGUAGUUUUGCCAGUCCUUUACCAAGCUCUACCAUCAUUUGUGUGCAUUAAGUUUGCAUAUUUAGCAUUAAAAGGAUAGUAGUAUACAUAAAAGGGAGUGCAGGUGCACAUCAAAGUCCAUCAAAAGAGAACUGAAUUAGAAAUGCUAUCCAGACUCUCUCGCACUUUUUAUGGUAUGGAAAAAAUUGCAUAACGUAACUGUCAGUCGUUGGAGCUAGCAAAAGUCAUAUAACAAAGUUCUCAGUCAAACAACAUAUACACCGCAAAAUGCUAUUUUGUGAUUUUGUUACUGGUUAAAAUUAAUUUACUCUAGGUUGUUUCUCAAUUUCCUUUGUCUCCUAGUCCUAAUUCAUGAAUAAUUAGGGCUAGGAGACAAAAAAAGUAUAGAAUCAACCUUGGUUAAAUUAUAAUUUUAACCUGAAUUUAAUUUUGACCUGUAACAUAUUGUACUUUACUUAUGGCUCCAUUUCUCCUUGGAAAAAUGUUUUUGGAACUGUAGACCUAUAGGUAAAAUCUAGAAUCUUUUUUGCAGCCUAAGGGUUAGUGCUCUUAAUUCCUAGGCUGUUAUUCUUAUAAAAUUAUUGUUAUUACAGUGAAACCUCUAUUAUGUGGACACUUUCGGGACCUUCCCAAGUGUCUGUUUAACAGAGGGUGUCUGCUUAAUAGAGGUUUGUAAAAAUUGUGCAAUGUUUGUUAAUGAUUAACAUUCAACGGUUACUCCGUACUGUGAUAACGUUCCAUGUUGUUAGGGAAGCUGUACUGUACUUUGUGCAAGACUUUAAGGUGAACUUUGAUCACAGAUUACAAUAAUACGGCUGGAUAUCGGUCUGAUCUAUGGUUUAUUGAUGGCUAAAUGUAUUGACUUAUCUUUAUUAAUUGACUACGGUACGUAUUUGAACGAUAGAAUCCAAUAUUACUAUUGCCAAUUCAGUCCGGUGUCUGCUUAAUAGAGGUUUUUUAACAAUACAAAUUAGCCAAAUACAAUUUAUUUAAGUGUCCACGUUGGCUUAAUAGAGGUGUCCGCUGAAUAGAGGUCUGUUAUAAAGGGAAAUAUGAGACAUUAAUUUCAGGACCCGGCUUAGUGUCCACUUAAGAGUGUCCGCUUAAUUGGGGGUCUGCUUAAUAGAGCUUUCUCUAGCUGUAUUGUUAUAUCUAUUAUGAUGAGUUUGCAUUGAUAAAUUAAUUAUUUUAAUAUUAUUUUUGUUAUAGGCAAGAGAUUCUCCAGAUCCAGCCUUUGACGUAUCCAAAUGUGGAGCAACAGAGGUGACUUUGCCUACUGCAUUGCUAAUGAUAUAAUUUCUCAUGUUAAAACUUCAGUCAAGGGAGAUUCAGCACUAAGGACCUUAUUACAAAAGUACAGGAAGAAUGUUGGCUGAUAAAUUUAAAAGUUUAGUCUAAAGAACAGUACUUAAAAUGAUCUAAUAGACUCCUGGGGCAUUUAUUAUAAUUUUUAAUUUUAAAGGUGCAAGAAGGAUUGUGUAGUAGAUGGGAGGCAUUUUAAAGAGAGAGGUGUUUAUUCUCACAACUGUAACAAGCUCUGCAAAACUAAUAUGCUUUUGUUGAAAAUAUUAAGAGAAUUUAAAAAUAGCAGAUUAUCCAGUCCAUCUAUUGAUAUGUCUUGGCCAUCUAGCGACCCAUAUUGUUCUUUUAAGUCGUAGUUUGUUGUCAUCCUUAGUCUAUCCUUACUUUGAACUUAGCCUUGAACAAGAUACAAUGCACAAACCCUUAUUAAUCAGGAAAUAAACUGAAUAAAUGGAUUGAUUUUGCUCCGUUUUGCUUUUUCCUAGUAUUUUGAAAUUGUUGUCUAUGGGGGGCAUCUAUUAGACAAGGAGUGUUUAUUGCAGGGGAUUGUCUAGAGAUUAAUUUGAAUAGAGAUUUAUCCGGUGGAUAGCGCUAUCCAGCUUUUAAACCACUGGGGCCUGUUGGAUAGUGAUUUAUCCGGGGAUAGCGCUAUCCAAUGUUUGAACAACCAUGGCCUGCAAACCAUAUAAAUUUGUCUGGACAAGUGGUCAUCUUGGCCAGAUAUUGUUUGGUACCAGCCGUUAUUUUAAGCCCUUAAUGAUAGUAAAAGUAAUGAGACUACUUUAUCUUUAUUCUUUUAGGUACCCAAAGGGGUUUACUCCUUAUGCAGAGUACUUCAAAAAGAGGUAAAAUGUUUUGGUUUGUGUUCUUAAAUUGUGGUCACCCUUUGAUAAUGUAGAGUUUUAACAGUUUAGUGAUUAACUCACAGUGUGACUGCUUGAACCAGUUUUAAAAAGAAAAGAUUUAACCUGAAGUUUGUGGUAAGCAGGCCACAUUAUAGGGAGUACCCCUACCACCACCAACAAGGUUUUGGCUGUGCUUUUUGGCCACACUAAGUCUUUCAUAAAUAAUAAAAAAAACAGUGUCUGUACAGAGUGGCAUCAGGUCCUGCUCUGACAGCUAGCUGAUCAUUUCUCAGAAGUACUGAGUCCAGCUCCUCAAUCACAUCAUGUCUUUUAAAUAACCAAAAAGGUUCUUCCUGGGAGCUGGAAUCUUAACCUUGUCAUAUUUAACUUGAAUUAUGUUUGACUUACUUGUGCUUGCAUCCACUAGGUAAACAUUUAUGCUAUAAUACUGUUGAUGGUACAUCAAAGUCACUGAUUGUUAAUUUUUUGGUUUAUGUAUCAUGAAAUUUUACUUGGCAUAUUUUGUUUUAGGCUCUUCUAUUGUAUGAUAAUGCUUUAACAAAUCUUAAGGGUGGAGGAGAUCUAAAGGAUCUUUCAAGUUUACGGGUGAGGAAUUAAAUUAUGCUCAGUUUCUUGAAAGCUAAGAAUAUGAAAGUAAAAAUUUUUUCAUUAUUUCCACUGAACUGCUCAGCUAAUAUCUAAUAUUCUUCAAUUAUUUUCCAAAGUAGUGUAAUGAUAAAUGAUAAAAUGAAAAUCAAACAGUAUUAACUAUAGGCCUUUUGUCCAAUCAUCUCACAGAAUUUAUUCCUCUGGUGAGAAUUUUAUCUCAAAAUGUAUGCUGGAUAACUCAGCUUAUUUAUAAGGGAGUUACAGUUUGGACUGGGUGAAAAAAUUUUGCAAAAUUUUAAUUCUUAACAGGUGGAAUGAAAGGAUACUGUUACCAACAUUAGUUAACAUAAGAUUUGAAUUAAAAUAUUACUUUUUUCUUUUUUUGAUGGGUGUUUGGGUUGUGCAUACAGGUGCAAUGUAGGUUUAUUCAUUACAGUCACAUUUUAAGCUCAUAAAGAGGGUGCAUUCUACAUGUAUAUUGUGUCAGCCUGUGCUGCAGGGUUUAGAUUUUCAUGACCAUUUCCAUGUCUCACUUUUUUGUGUUUUCUCUUAAGGGAGCAGAGGUUGACAGCUGUCUCAGAUUUUUUUGAUCAAAGUAUUAUAAGAGAGGUUGGUUUUCCUAUUUUUUUUUGUUUUUUUGUAGGUUUUAGAUCUUCAUGACAAUUUUCUCACUACUCUUCCAGCUGAUAUUGAUCAACUGAAAUCACUGCAGGUAAAUAAACUGUUAGUUUAUAUAAAUUUUGAUUGUAAUGUUAGGUACAGGUUGCUCACAAGAAGAUAUAAACCAUUGGAACAUUCUUAAAUUGUAUGGUAUACGUAUACCUUUUCAUUUAGCCUGAAGAAACAGCAGUCACUUAGCGCUGUCACCACUGGUUUUCCCAUGAAAUGAGGUUGAGGAAAGAGCACAGAAAUAUCCAUACUGAUGAUUUGUCACUAACCAGGUCUGGGUAUUUACUUCUGAUUGGUGGAAGCAAAUUUUCCCUCAUAGCAUUAUAACCAAUCAUAAGAACAAACCAAGCCUGAAAAGUAAUACAACAUCAGAUGUUGGAAGCCAGUGGUUGCAUCAAAAAAUUUCAGCUGUUUUAUUGAACCAUUGGAUUACAGGACUAAGUUAAUUCAAAGCACUGUUAGCUCCAAUUCUACAUUAACUGUAAAAGAAAAACAUAUCAGUUGUUAUGGUAACUUACAUUGUAUUUGCACCAAGUACUCGUUAUAAAUGACCAUGCAAAUAUUAUUUUGAUUUGACAUCUUGACACAUGCUUGUAUUUUCUUAAAUCUUUCAGGUUUUAAAUGUUCAAAACAACAAGCUCCGAGCUCUACCUGCGUCCAUUGGAAAUUUAGCAGCCCUUCAAAGCUUAAACCUUCAAGGUAUGUGUAGUAUCCUGUGUUCAUUGUUCUCCAUCCCAUCUCCCUUUUGUCUUACACUGACCACUGCCUUGAAAAUCUGGGUUUUACUUAGGGCAAUUUCCAUUUGUCAGAGUUGACUGGCUAGACCAUUCCCGUCGCAAUGGUAAUUUCUGUUUUAAUCAAAACUGUUCAGCCAGAUCAAUCAAAUUCUAAAUAGUAUUCACAAAGGAGAACAUUUUUUAGCAAAAACUCUUGGAAAAAGCCUAUUUCAAUUUCAAACUGACUGGUUGGGCAAUGAUCUGGACGGCCAGUUCUGACAAAUGGAAAGCACACUUAGUUACAUAUUAUAUGCUCUAAAUCGUGUUAGGGACCAGUCAUAAUUUAAGUUGGAGGAGGGGGAGGGGGGGGGGGGGGGGGCGGCAAAAUAGGGGGACUAGCAUUAUUUUUUUUUGUGGGAUAUUGGNUACCUGCGUCCAUUGGAAAUUUAGCAGCCCUUCAAAGCUUAAACCUUCAAGGUAUGUGUAGUAUCCUGUGUUCAUUGUUCUCCAUCCCAUCUCCCUUUUGUCUUACACUGACCACUGCCUUGAAAAUCUGGGUUUUACUUAGGGCAAUUUCCAUUUGUCAGAGUUGACUGGCUAGACCAUUCCCGUCGCAAUGGUAAUUUCUGUUUUAAUCAAAACUGUUCAGCCAGAUCAAUCAAAUUCUAAACAGUAUUCACAAAGGAGAACAUUUUUUAGCAAAAACUCUUGGAAAAAGCCUAUUUCAAUUUCAAACUGACUGGUUGGGCAAUGAUCUGGACGGCCAGUUCUGACAAAUGGAAAGCACACUUAGUUACAUAUUAUAUGCUCUAAAUCGUGUUAGGGACCAGUCAUAAUUUAAGUUGGAGGAGGGGGGGGGGGGGGAGGAGAAAUUGGGGGGCCUUCUUUUUUUUUUGGAUGGAAUAUGGGGGGCCUUAAAAUGCCAAAAGAUGACCUUGGGGGGGUUUUCAAGUUUCUUUUAAGUAGCAUCCCUGCUAAGCAGCAUGAUGCUUGAGUAUUAAAGGACCUGAUUUUGAUUCAGUUUUACACAAAGUCCUAUAUUGUAUAAUACUAAAACAAUUUAAUCAGCAUUUUGACAAAAAGAUUUAAUGCUCAAAUAGUAGGUGCAUCAACGCAACAUCCAUUAUUGUGUAACACUGAAACAAUUUCAUCGGCAUUUUAACAAAUUAAUGAUUACAUGCAUUAAGUCAUGUUAUGCAAUCUCACUAUCUGAAUCAUUAUUUGUAGAUGAGGUUGAUGUGGACUCACUGUCAAGUUUUUUGCUAUUAGAGCAUGUACUGGUCAUAUAAAAAGCAGUAAGCUUUGGCUGAUUAUCUUCUUUCUUCCUUGAAGCGGUCCUGUCGGUCUCUAACCUUUCAAUGGCUUGUCUUAUCUCAAUUAUAACACAAUCACUGAUAUAUCCUUGCUCUAUAAGCUGUUUGAGAGGCUCUAGGUGAAAUCUCUUUCUCAAUUUAGUGUGAAGUGCUUCUCUGUUGUUAGUUGACACAUUCAGAAGUGACAGUGAGUAAGAACGGUAAAGUAAAGAAAAUGUUAUUUGUUAUUACCAUUUGGGUAUUAUGUAAGAAAGGGGGGCCCUUAAAUCUUUUAACAUGAUUGGAGGGGGGGGGUACCUAAAAAACAUGGGUGCUAUUAGUAGGGGUCUGGAAAUAAUUUGGGAUAAAAAACAAUUUCUCCUCCAGCCCCCCCCCACCUCCAACUUAAAUUAUGACUGGUCCCUUAGGUUCCCACUCACACUGUAAGUGAUAGACUCUAGUAACUGGAUUCACUCUUUUACAGCUAAAGAUACCCUGCGUAGCUGGUGGAAUUGUUUAUUUGCACGCAUUAGAGUUUUGACUGUGAAGCUGCCACCUCAUCAAGAAUGAGCACCAAAGGCAUCAGAAAAUUUCAAGGCAUGAUUCUUGUCCCCAUUCUCUGUGGCUUCGCAACUCCUAUGCCUCAAUGGCACUUUGACAAUCCUGCCAGCUAUGCAAGCUAAGCUAAAAGUCCCCUUGCUGGUACAAAUUAUUUUUCCCACUGGGUGAGGGAGUCAUUUUCCCUUUAUUUGCUGGAAAUUUAUGUCUUGAAAAUAAUGGUUUACUCCUUAUACAUGUACAAUGAAAUUUUCAAUGUUACAUAAUUAUAUUCUUCAUAGUGGAACCACAAUUUAUUAAUUUUGGUGGUGUAAAUUUCUGGUGCUGAGUUAAAUUUAUGGUAGUGUUUCCCAUUAAUUGUUAUAAGAGCUGUUAGAGUGAGUUUGUGAGAGCAACCAAAUCAGUAUUUUAUGAUUGUUGUGUACAGGGAAUGAACUUCGCUCUUUACCAGCUGAAAUUGGAAAUUUGAAAAGUCUGAGGACCCUCAAUAUUUCUGAGAACAGUAACCUUCCAGGAGUCCCUCCCACCUUGGCACAUGUGAGAACAUUAGAGGUAAGACAGUGGACUGUCUAACAACUUCACAUCAGAAGGUUACUGUGAUAUAGAGAAGAAACACAAACGUUUUUCUAACAUACCAGUAUCUUUUCCAAACUAACCUUUCUUUAUCUUUUCUAGAUUUAUCUUUGGGUUUCUCUGAUUUAACAGGGCUUAAAUGUACACUACAUAUGAAUCCUGUUGUGCACGUUAGCUUUUUUAUUGCUCAUUUCUUCUACAUCUCAGUGAGCUUUAAAGAUUUGGCACUUCUAUGUUUUCUACCACCAGUUGGAUGUUAAUAUGAACUCCUAAGAGCAUGCAGUAUAACUCCAUCUUGGAGAACCCUAUAAGAGUUAUUUAAAAAGUAGUAAGUGCUGCAGUUACACGUUUUGUUUUUCUUUUAUAAUUCCAUUUUUUUAAUUUUUCAUGGUAAGGCAUGCUCUACCCUUUCAAGUGACUUGCUUACAUACAUUUGGAUUGUACAACUUAAACUGGUUUCCUUACACUGUGCAUGUAACUUUGAUGGACAUCUUAAGCAAUCAAACAUAUCAUAUUAUCUCUACUUGACAAUAAUAUUUGCUUGUAUUUAUUUGCAGACAAUUAUCCUUGAUACAGACAAGAUCAGUUUUCCCCCUAAAGGUAACUGGUAACGAGAGGAUACUGAAUUAAAUGCUUCACUGAAACAUAUUAUGGAUCACAAGGACCACUUUAACAUUAUUUAUUGUUUUAUUCACCAUUUUCUUUUAGAUAUAUCAUCGGAAGGAACUGCAUCAAUCAUGAAAUACCUCUGUAAAGGUAAAUAAUGUUGAAUUACUUUAUUGCAGCUGAGCUUGAUAAGUCCAUCCCUGUUCUAAAAUGGAAUACUGUUCUCUUUGGUGUUUGCCACAGAUGAUUUUAUUUACUUUUUACUUUUCUUUGGUUACUGACAUGACUAAUCACUGACUUUGCUGACUUGUAUUUUUCUCUCUAAAAGUGGCUGGAAUUGAAUAUGUUCCUCCAUCCAAACACUUGUUACCUGUGUUAGGUAUGUAGUUUUCCAUUUCAUCACCACUGUUGUUCUGUGUUUAAGGUGUUUCGAUACAGUUUUUCAGAGGCCAUACCGAUAUUUUUCAAUCGCCUUGAAAGUGGUUUUUUCCUUGUCCGAUCGCUAUAAAAUUUUUACCAGUAAUUGGCUAUGGAUUGAAAUUUGUGAAAAUGUAGUUUUAAGUAAAAUCGAUAUUACUAUGACAACAAUAAACAAAAAACUUUGAAAUUGAUAAAAGCCGAAUUUUGUGUGAUCUAGACCCGCUACUGAAAAUCCAACACUAGGAACUUAAAGUUUGGUGUUUAGCAAACAAUCUCCGUAAGAAGUAAAAAAUUCUGUAUGUUUGAAUUCGACUAAAACGAAAAUAUAUUUCAAACCUUAAAUUUUCAAUAGCGGUGAUAGAUUAUUUAAUGAAAACUUUAUAAAUGAUUCAAAUUAUUCUUAAGUAGCGUAAGAAUGAUGCUUAAUAUCAUAUUUUGAUGCUAGGAAAUUUUGGUGUACUUUCGUUCAUGCGAUCUUGAAAUCUAACCCGUUUUCUCACCACCUGUAUAAGUGCAACUUCAUUCAGAAUUUGGACUUUUAGCACUUUCUUGUAUAUCUCCAAAACGACUCGAACGAAUUUUUUUAAAAUCUCUUCACAUAAUCUUCAUAAUGUAUAUAAAAAUGUCUGAAACUUUCAUUAAGACUGAUUCACUGCAACACCUUGAAAUUUCAAGAGAAACCUAUCCUACGAACCAGUCAAAAAUCUGCGUUACAAUAUUCACUGUUUUGACGUUAUGCUAAUUUUUCCAAAUUAAUGCGGACAAUACAUAUAUCCAUGACUAGUACAUUUCAGUGUGAGUAUUGUCAAUGUUUUACAUUCAAAAGAUGCGAUAAAUUCAAACUAAAAUGUACUAGUCAUGGAGGUAUGUAUAGUGCGCAUUAUUUUGGAAAAAUUAGCAUAACGUCAAAACAGUGAAUGUUGUAACGCAGAUUUUUGUCCGGUUCGUAGGAUAAGUUUGUCCUGAAAUUUCAAGGUGCUGCAGUGAAUCAAUCUUAAUGAAAGUUUCAGACAUUUUUAUAUACAUUAUGAAGAUUAUGUGAAGAGAUUUUAAAAAAAUUCGUUCGAGUCGUUUUGGAGAUAUACAAGAAAGCGCUAAAAGUCCAAAUUCUGAAUGAAGUUACACUUAUACAGGUGGUGAGAAAACGGGUUAUAUUUCAAGAUCGCAUGAACGAAAGUGCACCAAAAUUUCCUAGCAUCAAAAUAUGAUAUUAAGCAUCAUUCUUAUGCUACUUAAAAAUAAUUUGAGUCAUUUAUAACGUUUUUAUUAAAUAACCUAUCACGGCUAUUGAAAGUUUAAGGUUUGAAAUAUGUUUUCGUUUUAGUCGAAUUCAAACAUACAGAAUUUCUUACUUCUUACGGAGAUUGUUUGCUAAACACCAAACUUUAAGUUCCAAGAGUUGGAUUUUCAGUAGCGGGUCUAGAUCACACAAAAUUCAGCUUUUAUCAAUUUCAAAGUUUUUUGUUUAUUGUUGUCAUAGUAAUAUCGAUUUUAUUUAAAACUACAUUUUCACAUAUUUCAAUCCAUAACCAAUUACUGGUGAAAAUUUUAUAGCGAUCGGACAAGGAAAAAAUCACUUUUAAGGCGAUUGAAAAAUAUCGGUAUCGCCGUUGAAAAACUGUAUUGAAACACCUUAAUGCACAAUCUCUUCUGACUGAUAGACCCCACUUUCAUGUUUUUUCAACUUUGACUGGGACCAGGUAGCGAAAAUCCAUCAACACAUCUGGAAAGAACAUCUUAUAAUCAGUUAAGUUACUAAGUUUGAAAGUUAUUUUUCAAAAACCAACAGAGAUAUAGCUCCCUAAAGUCAGGGAAUUUUACAGAAAUUUGUAAUUUUUUUUGGAGGGGGAGGGGAGGGGGGGCACAAUAAUGGCAUAAUAAUUUGAUUCCCCCAACCAUACAAACAGCUGUGAAAUUUUAUGACUUUUUUAGCAAUAACUGCACUCUUUUUAGACGUAUCACCUUUAAACUUGGUAACUUACCUUAUUUUAAGGCCCUCUUACCAGCAAUGUCGAUGAAUAUUCUCUUACUGCUUUUUGUCAAAAGUUUUAAAAAAGCGUAGAAGGGUCUAUUAAUUGUUGUCUCUGGAUUUAUUGUUUUGUGUUCAGAAGUCAAUCAAGGCUUUGCACGCAAUUUGAAAACCCUUGAAUUUCAGGAGCCCAGUUUCAAGGCCUUGAAAGUUUUUAAUUUAGUGUUUUUUUUUAAGUUUGUGAUUUUUUCUUAAAAUUAUCUAAAUCUUAACACUUUGAAAUGUACUAAGUUUUAAAGCAGAAAGUGCAAAUGCAAAAACAAUAUAAUGCCUACAAAAUAAACAUGUAAAAUGCUUGUUUAUUUUUUCUCAGGACUCUCUUCCAUUACUCUUGUGUGCAUGAAUACGUUAAGCCACAGGAGCACUGCGCAUACCCAUGGCCUGCAUGUGUCUUCAUAACUGACACAAACAAUGGCCCUGGAAAGUCCAUAAUUUUUUGGCGUGAAAAAGUGUUCCUCUUAUAGCGAUUUUGUACCACUAUCCAGUUGGUGGUCUCCCUCACAGAAUGAUUGUCAUAUUUUCUGUAGAUCCAGUAAGAAAUGGAUCAGCACCAACUAAAAUGUGGGGCCCUGUACCAGUUGAUGAACUUGUUGCUGUAAGUUAUUUUUUAAAUAAAGUUUUCACCCGGGACACUGUAUUUUAUAAGGAUGUAAUAUAAGCCUUUUGACCAGUAUCCUUAUGUGCCACGACCAGAGAGAUUUUUCCAGUCUCCCCAUUUGUAGUUUUCAUUGUAUAAAAUGAGAAUUAACAGCCUUGGAAUCCUUGCAACUUGGAUGACUGGGGAGGGGAGAGGAUUCAUGCAAAGUUUGAUAAUAUCACUUUAGACUUAAAACGUUACUGAAUCUCAAGCCUUUCUGCAACUGGUUACAGUAUUGUGAGAUGGUAUUGUCUCUUCCUUUCCUUAACCAACUCACUUGUUCAUUCCAUGUCCUGUAAACAUCCCAUUUUUGUAAAAUCGGGCAUGUGCUUACCAAAAGUCAGAACUGGCCAGUCGGACUGGUUAUUUUGUUAAAAUGGUAAACCAGUAUGCAAAGAAAGUAAUGUGUCCGAUAGCUUGGGCUAGCGGAUUUUGCAAUCAGCGCAGUAAAUUCUGUUCUUAACCUUCCUGACAACUAGUGAGUUUUGGGUGGUUAUUUUUGUUCUGACUAUUGCUAAAUCCUCUUAUUUCGUUGCUACAUCUUGAAAGAAAGUGAAAAGGGGUUUUUCAAUUACAUCUUUUUUACAGUAAGUAUAGUGCUAAAUUUAAUGUUUGUUGGAAAAAAUAAGUCACACCUUGUCAGAAAGUAAUGGGUAGUCAUAAAUGACAGCUGGCUAUCUACAUCUGUUGGCUAAGGGAACUCUGUCUUAGGUCCAAAUAUAUCCUGAUUUAUUCCAUCAUGUUCAAGACUUCACAGUACUGCUUCGCAUGGUUGAUUUUAUUUCAAAAGUAAAACAUUUUCAUUUCAGAAUACUUUAUCACAGCAUGAAGAAGAAAAGGUUUGCAUUGUUGAUUUUGUUUCUCUCACUUUCAUUUUUCCUUAUUCAGCUUUAAUUUUCUGUUUUUCAUAUUGUGUUUAACAGUACCACAUUACUUUUAUUAACCACAAACUCAUGUCACAAAAUGGACAUUUCUGUUAUGCAAUCUUCACCUAUUUUGUUGCAAUGGGUUGGUUCCCAUAGAACCGGUAUUUAACGAGAAGCAUGGCAUCUAAUUCUCCACAGAAUUAUCUUUAAUAUUGUUGCCAUUGUCUAAGGAACUGUUUCAUUUACCUUUGGGUCAGAUUUCUUCUAAUGUGGCUCUUCAGUUUUGCUUUUUUCAAGAGUCUUGAAGACCUUUUAGAACUGAUAGCCUCUUUCCAAUAAUAGCUAAAAGUUCUUGUUUGUUCAAGAUCAACUCAUACCAGUUGUUACCAUUGAGAACUGUACUGCUGUGUUAAACCCUGAACCUGUUUAACAGGGGCGGAUCUAGGGGGAGGGUGCAGGGGGUGCGCACCCCCCUCCCCCCCCCCCCCCCGAAUGGACCGGGAGUUUUUUAAAAAAAAAAAAAAUAAAAAAAAAAAAAAAAAAAAAAAAAAAAAAAAAACUAACACAAUUAACAUUAAAAUAAAAAAAANAAAAUGAGUCUUAAUUUAAUGGAAAAACAAAAACUAAAAAUGAACAGAAAGACACAAAUCUUCCCUAAAUCGCUUUCCUAAUGCUCUAUCAGGUAAAGUUCAGUUUUAACAGAUGAUUUGUUUCUUGUGUAGCUGCGCAUUUAGGCAGUUGAAUUUUAGCUGAUAUAAUAACGGUACGCUUUCUAAAGAUAACACCUGGGUUACAACGCUAACAAGGGUAAAAAUGAUACCCUCAAAAACCAUACCCAGUUGGGUGGCACAUAUAGUAUGUCUAUCUUGCCCAUAAACUGGAGUCCCAUCCUUGGCCUGAAACAAAUCAUCCAACUCUUGUAUAAAACGAAUGCCUAAUUCUUACUCCAAGGAAAAGAGAAGACAACAGAUGAUUGAACUGCAGAGGCAGAUGCAAGAAGCGGAGAAAGAACAACAAGCGCUAGCUGCUGCGGCAUCCAAACAACACAAUGAUCUAAUGGACAAAAUACGAACGGUAUAGUGAUAAAUUAAUUUUAUUAAUGAUAUUUCUCAACAAUUAUUUGCUUAUUGUUUAAUAUACUAUUUAUGUAAUUUUUCCUGUUUUGUGAUAUCCGCUAAGGACGAGAUUUCUCUGAAAAGUACAGAGAAAACUAGCCGUACAUUGUAUGUACAUUUUAUGUGCCUGCCUUGUAGGCUGAAGCGGAACUGGAUGACCGCACUCUGUGGCAACAACAACAACAAGAACAUGAACGACAAAAGAUGGUGUCAGCUAUGGCAGCAGGUAUUUUACAUCGUAUUUUUGUGUCUACUUUAGCGGACGAAUAUCAUCAGUGUGUUCCUUUGAUUAGUUGAAAUCAAGGGUGGACUCAUUAUCAUCUUUUGGCGGCAUUCUGGCAUUUUCCUUGCAUGAUAUUUUUGUACAAAGUAAUCAAAAGAACGGGGGUCCUAGAAGAUGACUUCAAAAGCUUCUUGUUGAAACUUCUUGUUGAAUCAGAGAAGUGUCUUUAUCGUGGAGUUUUUUUGCUGUAAUUGAGCCCCUUCUGCUUCAUCUAACAGUAAUAUAAGCCAUUUAUUAAUCAUUUACUUUUGAAAGGACUGCACAAUUCAGUCUGUUGUUCCAUUAAUAGUUAACUGUUAGAUUCACUUGUUGCUGUGUGUGUCGAAUAACAUCAGCAAGAAAGUCGCGAGAAAUUCAGGAAAUUGGUGGCUAUGUUACGAAACGUUUACUGUUUUAGGUCAAUUCUGUGCUGCAGUCAGUAGUUAGAACCUUUACCCGUGCACAAAAUCCUCCUGCAGAGUUAUGAAGAAGAUAUUAAACAAAUUUCAGCAGGGAGCGCAAACUUAAAUCAAUAUAUAUAAUCUUAAAUAUCGUCUUAAAUAACGAAGCUGGACAAUUAUUUUGGAAUUCAAUCGAUGUGAUGACAAGUUUUAGUUUUUUAUGGCAAGUAGCGUGUUUUAGCCCUAAAAAGUGGUAUUUACGUCUAAGUUUGAAACGUUGUAUUUUUGCGAUUUUUCCUUCAUGUUUUCAUCUCUUCCGGGUGAAUUCUUUUCAACUUUGAAAUUACUAUGCCAUUUUCUUAUAUCUUGUAGGUGAACAGCUAACUAAUGACACAGUAGCAAUGAUUUUACAAGUUAACGAAAGGUAAAGCUGAGAAGAUUCAUGUAUGUUAUACAAUAACACGUUUUAAACCUUAUAAAGGCAAAGUAGCUCUAAACAACUGAGCUACUGAGAAAGCUCUUUGCUAAUUUUUAGUGGCCUGCAUAGCUGGUGUAAUGGUUUUUGCGUGUUUCCUCUGCCAAAACUUUGCCCACGCUAAAUAACUAUUCCGGUGGCCACGCAGGCUACAUUUGUAGGGGCCACAGUAUGGCUUGUACAAAAUGUAUUUAAUAGCAUACAUUUUGCUUCUUGUGAGUCUGGUUAGUAAUGUGGUGAUUUUCUUGACCUUUUUAGAGCUCAGAAGGCAGAAAUGAUUCUUGAUGAACUGGAACAAGAAAGGUGCAAUAAAAAUCCUAUUACAAUAAAUACAAAAUGUACGUUCGCUUGGCCUGGUCUGGUUGAAGAUCCCGAGGGGAGGGUGGGGGAGUAAUCCCUUGACAUGCGAACAUGCGAGUCCUAGCCUGCAAUUUCCCCCUUCUCUUUUAUCUCUUUUGCCUCUGUUUUUGCCGAAUUUGCAUUUCUUGCUUGUUGUUAUUGCUCAAACAGAACUGUUUACGAAGGAAAUGAUCAGAAAACAUUUUUGUUUAGCUCGGUUGCCUACGCACUUUACAGCAUGGAUAUGCUUCACGUAUUUUUCUCUGAUGUCGUUUAACCUUCAAAUGUCAUUGCAACUGAUAUAUACACUAGUUUAAGGUACACGGAGAAAUCCGAGUCUCCCCAAAGGGAAUUGAUCAUAGGACGCUCUACCCACUGACCUAGGAGUGACUUAUAUGUGAGCAGAUCGUAAGCGUGGUUUCAAUAUAGGACCUCGCAUCUCGGGAGUACAUUGGAUGAAAAAAGAGUAAAACUUUGCUACUUUGCAACUCAGAAAUUCCCUUCUCUAGAACCAUUGUACAUGUUUUAGUUUGCACUGAAAAUAACCAUUAAUCCUUUGUUUAACGCUUAGAAUGAGAACUGAACAGCUGAUUAAGGUGACCCAGGAAGAAGCUGAAAAACUCCGAAAGGAGGAAGUUUUAGGUUGGUUAUUAUAUUCCCAUUUGAAUGUAAUAUCACCGUUUUUCUUGUACAAUUGUCCGUAUGAGGUCUAGUCGAAGUAAAAAAAGUUCAAAACACUACCGGGUGCUGCAUCGGUUAUCGGGAGAGUUAGACUCGAAAUAGAAAGUUUUGUUUGCUGAGCGAAGUGCCAUCAUUACGCGGAUAAAAAGUGACAUGUCGAGCGCCCCUUCGCAGAGCGAUUCAAAGCGCUAGAAAUGUCCUUGUCAACUCUCCUGAUAAAAGCAAACCUUGUGCGCUUAAGCUAAAAGGUUUGACAAUUCUAGUUUAUGACUAGAGUUAACAUUUCAUUCUUGUUUUUUUCUUUUGUUGUCUUCUUUGUUGUGUUUUUUCGUUAGCUUCCAUGGCUCGUCUUUUGGAAAGCCAAGAAAAUCAAGGCCGACUUAUAAGAGAAUAUGAACGGACAAGAGACAUAGCUGCCAAUCAAGCUAUGAACGAGUGAGUUCAGACUAAAAAUUUACUUCAAAAAGUAAAGCACCAGUUAAAGCUUUUUCAGGGCAAAAGUCAUUCUUAUUCUUUCAGCUUUCUGUUACAGCUUACUGGUUUUCAUUUUGUGUAACUUAGUCCUCCAACUGAACACAUUAACUGAAUUUUGUUGUGAAGGGGUCAAGUUACACGUCCACACCUUAAAAAAAAAAUAGCUAGUCUACCGCGCUUGGGGUGCUUUUAAUUAUUAGAAUCCGGAAUUGUUUAUCGUUAGAAAAUUCGGAAUUAUUACCUUCUUUAACAUGUAUACAUUUUGUGAAGGAAACAAUUGUAAACACAAAUCUGUGGUGUGAAUGGGCCAUAACAUGUUUGAUAAAUUAAUUUAGUUAAACUGAAAUCGGAAUUUAUAUGCUAAGAAUUUUAUUUUUCUGGUGGGUGUUGUUUGUGGCUUAUUUUACUUUCUAACUGUAGUCCAUACUCGUAAUUUCGUUGCUAUUCCCGUGUGUGUGUAAAACAGUCAUGAUACAUCACUUGUAUUGCAUUUCAGAUCUUUAGAAGCUGAUUCUCGUCUGCUUGGUAUCUUGAAUGAACAAUAUGACGACAGGGAUGUGUUGAUUUCUGAGAUUUCCAAACAGGUCAGAGAUUAGUGCCAACAGUUGAACGUCUACUCGUGUGUUCUUUUGUUUUCUCUCAUCAGCGGUGGCCUUUGCGCGCGGCCGCUUUGUAGACAGCAUUUCCGAGUCGCUAAUGAGCUGGAGGUACGAUCCGGAAAUCCCAAGUUCAACUCCCCCCACCCUUCAUGCCGCUCGCUGGAUUUAUUUCUCAGCCGUCCCGCGCUUUUCAACUCAUCGGCCACGCUUGUAAAGAGCCAACUGUUUUGCCUCAGGUCAAAUGGGAUUCUCAACUCCAUUUUGUUUCGUGGAAAUUUUUGUUUAACCCCACUACCUUUUAGACUGCGCCACAUACGAGGUUAAAUUACGUCUGCGACGAAGGCUAACUACUUUUGAGCUAUUAUCACCGCUGAGGGUAAAUUAAGUCCGUUAUAUUAUUAUGCUAUCAGAACUGUAGACACGUUCCUGAGGAAGUGCGAUUAAUUUCCGUUGUAUCCGAACCUCUCCCGAGAGUGCCUUUUAGUAGAGGUUGUGCCUUUUUCCGAGACUGUGGACUUUGUUUAUGAAACUAAGAGAUAUUAGCGUUGAGUUUGAAAUCUAAGUUACUUUUUCCUUUACUUUGUAUCUAACAGUCCAGUGAAUGUUAUGUUCAUUCGUUUGAAAGGAACGCGCACAAAUGGAAGCAAUCCAAGCCCUUCAGCUCCAGACAGAUGCAAAGCAUCGCAGAAUAACAAGCCAGGUAAUUCAGAGUAACACACGUUUCCCUGCAUCAAAAACUCUAUCUUUGUCAGCGAGCCUUGGGUCCAUGGUUUCCUGUAUUGCUCGUCUUUUCUUGCAUUGUCCUCCAGUUGAAUAGUUUGUUCUUUUCUUCAGAAAACCGUGCCCAUUUAGUCAUUUUUCAGUGUGAAAAUGUUCACUGAAAUGAAUAAAAGACAAAAGAUAAGCAAUGCAUCACUGGAUGCCAGAAAAAGAUAGCCUGAAAAAAGAUUAAUAUUUUUUUACUCGUGCGUGCGUUGCGUUGCCAGCUUACAAGACUGAAUCAUUCGUCCGCUGCCCAGUUUUACUCGCUCAAGUUGGGUAUUGAAUAAUUUCAAAUUGUGACUUGGAUUUCAAAGCUUCAUCGAUACUUACCUAUUAUCUAGGGUAUAAAAUGAUACGUUUUAUGAUUUCUCUGCAGAUCUCCAUGCUACAGGAUGAACUUUCGCGGUUGACUUUAACAGAACUAGACAAGAGAGAAGAACGACAGGAUGUUGAGAGGGUAUGUAAUUUAGGUUUUCAUUCUUCUAUUAAACUCUGAAACCAGAAAGAUCGUCUUUGAAUGGAUACAACCAAGAGGAUUUUGACUUAUUCCUUCAACAGACGCGUUGUUCUUACUUUGAUUGAGUUUACACUGAGGUCGGACAUAAGCAGAGAGUGAACACCACUAUCAAUGAUAAAAUGAUGAGAUUGCAGUGUUACGGUUUUAAAGCCAUUCGUCCGUUUUAGUUGGUUUAUUUUUAAUUUCGACUGUUUACUUCCUGUAUUUAUAUCGUUUUCUACGUUGAUGACAAGGGUUGUUGAUAUGCUAUAUGCUGUUCGAUGAAAAAUGUGGAUGGCAGAAAAGGAAAGCGCACGAGGGGUUUAGGAAGUGAUUGGGUUCUGUGGGUGCGUGAAGGAAAAAUAACUGCAAACUCCUUGGAGUUUGUGGUGGUAUUUAUAAUUCCAAGGCUUCUGCGUCGUGUACAACGGGCAGAAUAUUAUCCUCACUGUUUCCGACAAAGCAAUACGAUCGAAUGGAUGGAAGUCUACAUGUGUAGUACGUUCUGUUUCUUUCUCGCUUUUGCUGCUACAAGAAUACCAUCCACCAUGAUUUCUAUGUAACACUCACUGUUUGUUUUAGACGGUGCUGGAGUCCAAGAGAGAAGCUCUCACUGGGCUCCUAGUUCAGCUGGUAGGCGAGCAACAAAAACGGGAAGAUGAACUCAUGAAGAGGCUUGUAAGUGCUGUAUUUAUCCGCAGAACCAAAAGUUGCAAACAUUCUAUGUUAAGUCAACAAGACUAGAAUAAAAGCCAUCUUUGUCAGUACUUAGAGUUUCAAAGAACUCCUAUUCCGUGGCUUUCAUUAAAACGGUAUCCUUUUAGAAGUCAUUGACACUGAAAUAGAACCAUCUAAUGCUGUAUGUUGAAUGAGGUGCACAAAAAAAAUAAUGAUAAUAACAAGGUAAGUGCUCGGAGGAAGUUAGCAGACUACCUUACCAAGUUAGGCACAAAGUACUGGUCAGCAGCUUUCACUUGAGAGAGUUUUAUCCACAGACGCAAUAGUUAGAACUUUCUUGAUAUUUGAUUCUUGGUUCAAAUAUUUAGGGGCUUCUUCGACUUCUCUUCGUACUAAAACCCGAAUUCAACGCUUAUUCAUCUUACAUUGUUUCUCUGGUAGGUUGAGAUGGAACACAAAAGGGAAGCGGAUAUCGAAGACUAUUGGCUGAUUCAAUAUCAGAGGUUACUGGAGAGUAAACCGCAAACUUUACUUGAGAAGGUACCUAUUCAUUAUUAUAACAGCUCAUAUCAUUUCUGAACAGUACAUUAAACUUACAAAGCUAGCUUGAUCGUGGACAAAUGACGAAGAGGGCUUUGCAGAACAGUUUAACUAGGGACCUGGAACCUGUGAAAACAAUCUCUCUUAUCGCUCAACUCCUUGAUUAGUGAUUUAAGAUGACUGAAUUCAAAGGUUAGGUUAAAUACGAGGUUAAGCCAAGUAACAAUUAAAAUAUUUUGGAAAGGCCAAAACUUAUCGAUGUGGUUUUUUGUCCUACCAGGGAUAAAAUGAGGAUAAUUUUAGACCCCGUUUGCACGGGCCAGGACAAAUUUUUGAACGGACAAAGACGUCACGUGGAGUAUACAGCAGCGAAUGACAGGAGGACCAACAUCACGUGACCGGAACCCACCGCUGAUGUGUGAAAAAUCCUAUUAAUACUUUCAAUAUUUCUAAUAAAGUGUUGUUCUUAAACUUAAUCUUACAGCAAUGUGACAGUAAUAUUUACGACAUACUUGCCGAAGCAGAAGCACAGGACUACGCAGCUCACUUCGCGCGCCAUCGUGUCACGUGGGAAAUGCUUAAAACCAUGACGGACAGUGAACUUAAAGAGGUAUAAGUAAAGGGCGGCAUGAGUCAGUAUAGACAAUUUCAUUUCCAGUCUGACCAAAACACACGGCGUCAAAAGUCAACAUACUAAUACGGGGCUGAUACGAACGUUUUGAUAAAAAAAUGGACCAUAGUUAGUCCUUAAAAAGCGCUUUCCCGCCAUAGUGUAGUAAAACGCCAAUAGUAAGUUUCUUUUGAAUGAUUUGUUUAUGAAAAUUGUCUUUUGUUUCUCGUGACGUAUAGUGGUUAGACUGUUCGUAGUCCCCUUCUUUUCCGUAAGAUCGUCGGGAUGCAGAACCUACCCGUAGGGCGUCUAUCUUGGUUUUAUAUGUGCCGAGUAUAACCUGUGCAUGAGUAUGAAAUCUGUUAAUUUUCUCUAUUUUUCUCGCCUUUCUCCGCUCACCGCUCGGUACAUUUAAAACCAAAAUGGCCUCCCGUAACACAAAGCGCGCGAUAUUGACGAUUAUAGGGAAAAAUAAGGGACUUUGAACAGCCUAUGUGUCGGAACGAAACCGAACGAUGACCUCUCCGUUUUUGAAGAGGACGAAUGUUCCCUUUUUUGUCUUGUUGUUUUUCUUCGGUUCAGUUUUGAAAGGUUACACACGGUUGAAAAAGCGUAACAAACUUUGGUUUUUUUCAUUUUUAGCUGGGUAUUCACGAGCUGGGAGUUCGUAAGGCAAUACUAAGUGUGGUCCAGGAGCGUCUACGUUUUGACGUCAAAGCCAAAGAGAAAGAGCGAGAAAUUGAAACACCUGCAGAGGUACGUAAUGUAACUCGGAUCAGAGGAAAUUAUAAACCUUCUGCGCGGCGAGAAGGUUUUAUACAAGAAUGUGAAAUUGGAUUUUAGUUACACAGUUAGCAUUCUUAGCGGGAACGUUUUGUUGUUCUCAUCCUAGUGGUAACAAAUAGUGAAUUCUUGUUUUGGUUUGUGAAUUGAACAUUGUUUCAUUCUUGUAAUGUUUUGUGUUGUUUCUCUUUUCUCGUUGUUUAUUGUUUUUCUGAACCGUUAUUGUAAUUUAAGUGGUUUAUUUUGGGUAUUUACAGGCGCCCGUGCCCUCUCCAGCCCCUCCUGCCCCGAUUCCAACACAAUCAACACCAACAGCACCUGUAAUAGAGCACCAAGAUAUGACCACAGAAUGUGUGGUUUGCAUGGAUCGAAGGGUAAGACAGUAGCAUCAUUCACUAUCAGUAUAACCAUGUUCAAUAUGUUUAUUAACCUCCGUAACGCAUUAUAACACUGCCUAUGAGUGCAAUCACAAUCACAGGUACCUUACAUGGAAGUUCACGAUUUUCUGUAAGUAACUCUAAAUUCUAAACGAAAGUUUAUAGGAAAGUCAGUCACUUCAGCUAUACAAACCUAUCGCCCAGAAUGUUAUUGUCUCUCGCUACGUGUACUUACAGUGGCCAGUUUAUCAAAAGGCCGCAUAACAUAAAUUGAGUUGAAGAAAGUAACUUAAAUCGCCAGGUAAAGAUGGUUCUGGAGAGCUUGAACUGAGUUUAGGCUCAUCUUUGAAACCAACCAGCAGUUAUCUGUCGGUUCAGCUCUCCUUUUCCCGGUGUAUUUGAACUUCACCGACAUUAACCCGAAGAAUCAGUACUGCACUGUACUUUUUACCAACACGAACAUUAACUCGUUGACCUUUUAUUCCUGAGUAUUUGACUUGUGGUUUUUCUCUAUCAGGCUGAUGUGGUGUUGCUGAAUUGUGGACACGUUUGUUGCUGUUUCAAUUGUUCCACUUCAUUGUCCAAUUGUCCCAUGUGCCGUAACCCUGUGGUACAGCGUGUUCGGAUAUUCCUCUCCUAAUUGCUACCGGUCUACAGCAUUGCACUUCACCUGCGUCGUUCACUUCGUCGAAAAAGCGCGUAGGAAAACAGGAAGGUCGCGCAACCUCUGCAUUGAGGGCUUUUCCCUCAGGUUUUUGUGGGGAAAGCCCUGGAAACUAGGUUGGAAGGUCACCCUCGUUCUAGAAAAGAAUCCAAAAUUUCAAUUUGUCAAAUUAUUGUGUUUAGUCCAUACCAUUUGCUAGAACCCGAUACUCUUACUAUUUCUCAGACGAUAUUCGACAUCGAUACCAUGAAGUAAUUAUUGAAGAAUUUUAAAAGUAUACCAAAGGAUAAAUCUAAAAGAAACAGUGCUUAAAUCAGUUCAGUUCCAAUUUAUCCCUUCCCCAAAUUUGGCUUUCCGUAUGAAAAUAAAGAUGGCUUUUGGUCUCGUUGAUCCAUCCCGACAAAGAACUGGUCGUGCGAAAAGUACAUAAUACAAACACAAAUUAUUAAAUAAGCCUUUUGCUGGGCUUUCACAAACAUUUCACGUAAUUAGUAGGCAGGGAAUUGAAUACCUAGGAAUAUCGUUUUGCUCUAGUUUCCUUGUGUUUCCUAUAACAGUAUAGCCGGUCGGGGAUUAUGUUCAUAGUAGCCGGUGGAAAAUCCUGCGGGCAAUAUUUUCCUCGAGCAGGUAUACGUAAUCUGUCCCAAAGAGACAUGGGAUAUAGCGGCUUACAUAGUGUAAUGGGCAAAAUAGCCGCUAAACAUUGUAUGUUCGUGCUGAAGAAAUUCUCGUGAUUAACGUAAAAGCUUCAAGAAAAACGUUUUUUUUUUUNUAUACCAAAGGAUAAAUCUAAAAGAAACAGUGCUUAAAUCAGUUCAGUUCCAAUUUAUCCCUUCCCCAAAUUUGGCUUUCCGUAUGAAAAUAAAGAUGGCUUUUGGUCUCGUUGAUCCAUCCCGACAAAGAACUGGUCGUGCGAAAAGUACAUAAUACAAACACAAAUUAUUAAAUAAGCCUUUUGCUGGGCUUUCACAAACAUUUCACGUAAUUAGUAGGCAGGGAAUUGAAUACCUAGGAAUAUCGUUUUGCUCUAGUUUCCUUGUGUUUCCUAUAACAGUAUAGCCGGUCGGGGAUUAUGUUCAUAGUAGCCGGUGGAAAAUCCUGCGGGCAAUAUUUUCCUCGAGCAGGUAUACGUAAUCUGUCCCAAAGAGACAUGGGAUAUAGCGGCUUACAUAGUGUAAUGGGCAAAAUAGCCGCUAAACAUUGUAUGUUCUUGCUGAAGAAAUUCUCGUGAUUAACGUAAAAGCUUCAAGAAAAACGUUUUUUUUUUUCAUUUUAGUCUCUGUAGAGGUGAUUUAUUGGACAAAUUAUUUAUAUUCUGGAGACAAGAGUCAUUGUUAUCACAUGAAUCUAAACUUCCUUAGACUACGAGUAGCCCCCAUUUUUCCUCAGGGAUAGUAGAGCGAGCGAAACGCGAGCGCGCGUGAAAAUCACCCCACGCGAGAAAAGGCGACACGCGGCGGGAAGAGAAAAAUGUCGCCUUUAAUUUUCUUGCGUGGGGUGAUUUUCACGCGCGCUCGCGUUUCGCUCGCUCUACUAUCCCUGAGGAAAAAUGGGGGACUACUCGUAGUCUAAAACUUCCUACCCUCACCGAAAGUUGAAUGCGUGGGCAUGUCAGUAUCGUUAUUUUGCAGGGGUCCCCAAUAGGGUUUUUCAGUCCAAUCACCCCGCGUGACCUAAACUUUCCCGUUCGUACCGCCCAUCCCGUCCCGUGGAUACUUUCAAUCCCGAAUCUCGCCCUCAUUUUGCUCUCAAGUCCCGAAUCUGGGCCUUCAAAUGAGGAAAAGCCAGCAUCCCGAGAAACUUGUUGGGGACCUUAUGCAGUGGCGGGCAUUUUGUCACGGAAGCCACGUUGAUCGUAAAAUUUACUUAUUAGAUAAUCUUUUAUAUAUGAUAUAUAUACCUAGUUAUUUUGUAGUUUUAAUUUGCCUAGGCUGGAAUAGGCGUUUAAUAUCUUAUUUACAUUUGUGAACUUUUGUUACUUAAUUUAAAGAAAAAAACGCUCUUAGAAAAUUUAUCAAUUGGCAUCCAAUUUGCUAACGCGAUAUUGUAAAAGUAGAAAACAUAACUAUUUAGGUGUUAAAUGUAGCACUUUUAAAGUAUGAACAUUUAUUUUAUAGACUCCUCAACAUAUCCUGUCGUUCACGGCCAAAAGAAAUAAUUUUGGGUGUCUGAAAUUAGUCGCAAUCUAAUGCGAUAAGGGGUCAGCUUCGAUUUACGAGGCCGGCAAACAGCCAUUCUGAUUAUACAAGCAGCUGUAGAAUUGUGCAGUUGAAAUAACGUAUUCAUUUGUUUGAAGCAACGCUGAAGGUAUAAAUAAUGUUUAACAGUUUGCUUUCAUUGUACAGUAUAUAAGCAAUAAUCGUGCUUUUUGUAAGACAAUGGUGACGAAUUACCCUAUCUACAUUCAUUAAAACAACGGAAAAUGAAUAAAUAAUAUUUAAAGGAAAUU